UUUCUAUUAUGAUUAGAGGAGACUCUGAUGAGUUCAAACAAAAUGCAAAUAGCUAAUUUCUAAUGAGCAAAUCUAGUAAAGAGAUUUCAGAUGGAUAAAAUUCAAGAAGAGAACAUUUAUUUUAAAAAUUACCUUCUUUAGAUUGUACACAACCUAGUAAUUUUUGGCAAAUUAAAAAAGGAGGGUCUGCAAGAUGUAUUAUAGAUUCUGAAAGAUUGUCUACUGCUUAAAAACCACUUACUCCUUAAUAACAAAAAAAAUAAAAACAUAAAACCAUUUAAAUUGAAGAGAACAAUUAAUUUGAUCUAGGUUCAAGUCAUCAUUUCUAAAGAUUAUUCACUGUAAAGAAUUAAGUCAAAUCAUCUACUGGAGGUGUAAAAACUUCAAGAGAUGAAAACACUAGUUUAGUCAGUAGUAUUGUUGUUCUCAAAAAAUCAUAGUAUCAUCAUUAAACUUAAUUAAUACAAUAAUCAUAAUAAACAUAAUCUUCUGUUUAAUAAUAGUAAUGUCCAUUCUCCUCAGGAAAAUCAAUUAAAGAUAUUCUAUCUUAAUUUAAAGAUAAAAAGUAUAUAACUUAUAAAUAUUAUUUAGACCUAAAACUGGAAUUACAAGACAUAGCGAAUUUGAAAAAAUGGAAGGCUUAGAUGAUUAUACAAAAGAAUUUGGAUAAGUUCUAGCUUAAGAUUAAUUAAUUGGACCAAUAAUUGGAGAUUUUCAUGAAAUGAAAGGAGUUGUUAAAGCAUUAAUUGAUUUAAGUAAUGGAAAUAAAUUACCAUAUCAUUUUGAAAGCCUUAAAUAAUUACAUUAGGAUCUCAAUAUAACUGAUGAAAUGUUUAAUAGAUUUAAAUAUCUUUAUAUCAAAAAAUUAAUUGACAUUAAAAUUUCGAUGGAAAUAAUAUUUAAAUGUGCAUAAACAGUAGAAUGUUAUAGAGGAGCCAUCAUUUGCAAUGUAUCCAAUAUUUCAUAUUUAAAUAAUAGUCUCGUUCUAUUUAAAAUGUUAAAGAUAAUAUCAGAACUAUUGCUAAAAAUAUGUAUGCUCAAAUUUUUGAAGAUUUUUCUUUGAGUCCUUUAUUUAAAGGAACUAAAUAAGAAGAACAGGCUAUCAAAUUUAGCAGAAUAUUUGGAUUCAUUCUAGGAUCAUCUGAAUCAACUAAUUAUGUUAUGGAUUCCAUGAGAGACUUUCAUCAAGCGUUUAAGAUUAAUUCUGUCCAAUAUUCAGUGUUCAAAUAUUAUUUAUCAGGCGCCUUAUCUAGACAUACUGAAAAAGAGGUUGUUUGGUAUAUUCUUGAACAAACUGACGCUUAUAAAGCUGCAGUUAUAGAUUAAGAUAGUAUUAAAGAUUUAGUUUAUAAAUAAUUUGGAAUUGAAAAUUUUUGUACUGAAUUCAUAAAAUUAUGUUAAAGCGAUGCUUUUAUUAAUAAAAAUUUUAUCCAUAAAGUUGGAUAUGAUCAAUUUGUUUAACAUACCAAAUAUUUUUUACAUUAUGCUUUUAACAAAUAAAAUAAUUGUUUUACUCUUGAAGAUCUAAACUAAUUACAUUGUUAACAUCAAAUCAAUCUUUAGCUUUAUUAAAGUAUUAAAGAUAAACUAUUAAUCUUAUUGAUCAGGCUUAAUCCUUAGAGAGUUAUCUUUUAAGAUUUUGAAGAAGAAUUUGAUCUCAUAUUACCCUAUAUUAUUAAUUAGAAAUUACCUUGCGAUAUUGUAGGAGAAAAGAGACUCUGUGAAUUUGUUCCAUUGAUAUCUGAUGAAUUAUAAUCAAAUGUUGAAAUCAAAAAUAUUUUUGAUAGUAAUGAUGCUAAUAUCACUAAGACUAUACUCAAAAAAUUUGAAUAUUUACUAUCUGGUAGAAAAUAUUUUAAAAGAUCUGAUAUUUAAGCUAUACACUCUAGACUUAAAAUUAGUGAGGGUGUAUUUGAGGAAUUUAUUUAUAUUAUCGAAAAAGUUAUCUAUUAAUAUGAUACUUCACUUUUAUGGAUGAUUGAUGCCAUUAAAUAAUGGAAAUAUAUCAUAAUAACUGUCUGA